AUGGCGCAGAAUAAGAGGAAGGGAGAUGGCCAAAAAACAGAGAGAUUUAGAGAAUCGUGCAAAAAAAAAGAAGGAGAUGGAAAAGAGAAAAAGACCCUGGACAUGGGACCGAAUGAAAAAAAAGAGAAAGAGAGGACGAAGGGACGAGAGAAAAGAAUACAAAAUAGAGAAUCAGCUGAAAAUAGAAGUAUAGACAACAAGAGAGCAAUAAGAACUAGGGCAACCAGAAAUUGCGGAGCCAUUGAAGAAAAUGAAAGUGAAAUUGGGUGA